GCGUGUUUUGAAUCAGAGAGAAGCGGCGGAGGAACGGCCGGAACACCUUCUCCCCUAAACCCGCACUGAUCACUGUAUUAAUAUUAAUAAUAAUAAUAUUCUUAAUAUUAAUAAUAUAACCCGCACAGCCUGCAGAUCAGCGAUACAACCAGCAUGAGGAAAAGUGAGGUGCUGGCGGCCGAGUCGGUGGCGUGUCUGAAUAAAGCUCUGUGUCACCUGAAGGACAUCUGGGAGGAGAUCGGGAUCCCGGAGGAACAGAGGCUGGAGAGAACCAAUGUGGUUAAAAACCAUAUUAAAGAUCUUCUGGAGAGGAUGAUCGCAGAGGAGGAGAACCUGAGGAAGCGUCUGAUGAUCAGUAUCGAGACCUGCCGUAAAGAACUCAGCAAGGUGUGCUCUGAGCUGCAGCUACCUGCCUUCCAGGAGGAGAGGAGUAACUCGAUGCUGCAGCAGGAGAAAGAUAUCAGGACGUUUCUGGAGGCGAUGCUGAAGGAGAAGAGUCACAGGAUGCAGACGCUGAAAGUCCUGAUAGAGCAGGACCAGGACCUGUGUGAUGUUCUGUGUUGUGAUUCGUUCUGUAUCUCGGACAGUUCUGUUCCCUCACUCGAGCAGCUGGAGCGCUAUCGCGAGCACCUCGCCGCUCUCGCCGCGGAAAAGGAAGAAAGGCGCAGUAAAUUUGUUGAACUGAAGAAGAAGAUAAUUCUCUGUAUGGAGGAUCUGGAUCAGCUUCCUGAGACCAGUUUUGAGAAGGACAUCGUUUGUGAGGAAGAGGAAGCGUUCUGUCUCUCCAGAGAAAACAUCGACUCCCUGAAAAUCCUGCUUCACCAGCUGGAGAGCAGGAGGGCUGAGAUGGAGAUUAUCUGUCGGACGUUUCGGGAGAAGAUCCAGGAUCUGUGGGAGCGUCUGCAGAUCCCGCAGGAGGAGCGAGACGCCGUUUCUGAUCACAUGACCCAGUCCAGGAAAAAAAACAUGGAGGCUCUGCAUGCUGAGGUGAGGCGUCUGGAGGAGAUAAAGGUGAGGAAUAUGAAGGUGGUUACCGUGGCGAUUCGGGAUGAGAUCAGUGAGAUGUGGGAGAAAUGCUUCUUCAGCUCCGAGCAGCGGCAGAACUUCAGCCCGUUCUUCAGCGAUGAUUUCAGUGAAGAGCUGCUGAGUCUGCACGACGCUGAGAUCCUGAGAUUAAAGCAGCAUUAUGAAGAACAUAAAGAUCUGUUUGAAGGGGUUCAGAGGUGGGAGGAGAGCUGGAGACUGUUCCUGGAGCUGGAGAAAAAAGCUACAGAUCCCUCCAGAUUCACGAACAGAGGAGGAAAUCUCCUUAAAGAGGAGAAACAGAGAACUGAUCUCCUGAAGAGCCUCCCGAAGUUGGAGAAGAAGCUGAAGCUGCAGGUGGAGCAGUGGGAGGAGCAGCAGGGUCGGGAGUUUCUGGUUGGGGGUCAGAAGUUCCUGCAGUUUGUUGGGGAGCAGUGGGAGCAGCACCGCCUGGAGAAAGAGCGCGAGAAACAGGAACGGCAACUGAAGAAGAGUAAACAGACGGAGGAGGACAUGCUGUACGGCACCGCCGUCCGAACGCCCACUAAACGCAGAUUCCUCGGCAGCGCCACUCCCUGCAAAACUCGCAAACUGAACGGCACCAGCAGCACCUCCAACAGCACCAUACGCUCCGCCCUCAGCUCCGCCCACAUCACCGUCUGCCACUCCCCCCUGUCCCGCCCCCCAAUCUCAGCCAGCAAGGGAGCUGCAGUUCGGACGCCCGGUCGUGGGAAACCCCCCCAUCCUGCACUGCUGGAGAGGAAUAAGGAGAAUAUUGGAUUCGGUAACGCCGCCGCCGUGGUCAGUUCCAGCCCUCAGCGUAACCACAGUAUUAACUCUGUCGCCAGCACAUACUCAGAGUUCGCGGGGGUAGUGAGUGCUGACUCCGGGGAGAGCGAGAUCUCUGCAAAGCCUCUAAAUCAAAGUGCACACCAGACGUCCUGAAUUCCACCAUCACACACCUCUGACUGCACACCCAAUACACUAAUCAAUAAUUCCGGGAUCAGCAAAUACUGCAUCGCAUGAUCAAUAUCGGAAAGCUUUGAUCAUCACGAUUUGAAUUUGUGUGUUAUUUAGCAUUUGAUGUGUAAAUAAAGGUAAUAUAUAUUUAA